AGACAUCAGUGGUGCACGAGCAGGGCUCUGUGUCACAAUGAUUGGAGGACUGGCUGCUUUGAUUUUUCUAAGUGCAUUGUCCCUGAUUCAAACUGCAGAGGAUUCUCACCAGAUCUCUUUGACUGUGGUGGAACUUGGCGAUGAUUUGGGUUUGACAUGUUCAACUGUUAAAAAUGAAGCCGGGUUAUUUUACUGGUAUAAGCUGAAGUUUGGAUAUAUGGUCGAAACAGUUGCAGCAGGAACUUUGGCGAACAUAACACUUCAAGGAGAAUUUAAAAACUCAAGACUAACUGUUAAAAAACGGAAUGCUCAGUUUGUUCUGAACAUCAGAAAUGUAACUAAAGAAGAUGAAGCAACGUACUUCUGUCAAGCAGGAACAGCAUACACCAUGGAAUUGGUUAAUAGCACACUUUUGGUUGUUAAUGAUCAUAAAAACCUGAAGAAAUCUAUCUACGUGAAACAAAGUCCGAAGACCAAGUCAGUCCAACCCGGCGACUCAGUGACUCUCCAGUGUUCACUCCUCUCCAAACACAAAGAAGACGCGGAUCAGUGUCCAGGCGAACACAAUGUGUACUGGUUCAGGUCUGGAUCAGGAGAAUCCCAUCCAAGCAUCAUUUACACUCACAGUGAGGAACAAAAGGAAAGCAGUUGUGUCUUCAGUCUGUCCAAAACUAUACACAACUCCUCUGAUACCGGGACGUAUUACUGUGCUGUGGCUACAUGUGGACAGAUCCUGUUUGGAGAAGGAACUACAGUAGAGACAAGACAACAACUGGACCGAUUUGUCCCUGUGCUCGGGACGCUGCUGGCCUGCUGUUUGAUUGUGAUUGCUGUUCUUAUAAUCUUCAGAAAUCAAAAGUCAGUUUGUGAACAUUGCAAAGGAGAAUCUUCCAACCAUGCUCUUGAUGAAAGAUUGGCUGAGGAUGAAUCAAUUCAUGUGGGCGGUGGAACAGCACUGAACUAUGUAGCGCUGGAUUUCCCCUCAAGAAAAGCCAAAAGAUGGAAAAACAGUGAGUUACCGCAGGACUGUCUAUACUCUGGCAUGACAGAUCAUCAGUGAACUACACGACAAAAUAAGGUCUAUUGUGUUUCAUGUUAGAUUGAUCUUGAAUAAACACUGAAUAAUUGACUGAUUCAUUACUGAAGACUUCUGCCAGAAAAUCCAUCUUUGUUAUUUUUAUUCAGAAAAUGUUGUGACAUGUUUUGUUUGAUAAAGUCACCUGUUGUACAAUUCUA